AUGGCGAUAUACGAUUUUGUCAUGCUGUGGAUCUUGACGUUGACAGCCGCCAUUGCGGCUGCCAGGCCCAUGGUUGUUGACAAAGGGCGGCAGAUAACAUACACCGGCUUGGACCGCAAUGGAAUAGAGGUGUUUUUGGGCAUCCCUUUUGGCCAUGAUACGGGGGGCAAAAAUCGUUUCAAACCACCAGUCGCCGUUGUUCCUCCACGCGGGAGCCAUAUCAAUGCUACUGUAUAUGGGCCAAUUUGUCCCCAGGAGCUACGUGCUGGCUCACGGGGUAAGCUGGUAAUUUCUGAAAACUGCUUGAAUCUCAAUAUCGGAAGGCCGAAGAACAUGACGAGUCAUGAUAAGUUGGCGGUUAUGGUAACCAUCUACGGCGGGGGUUACUGGGUAGGACAUAACCAGGACCCGAGGUGGCACGCCGAUAAUAUGGUCAAGGAGUCGGUGGCCAACGGUCGUCCAAUCAUCCACGUUGCGAUGAACUAUCGUCUAGGAGUGUUUGGGUUUGCUCAGACCACGGCUCUCAGAUCCGAGAGAUCGGAGAAUGCAGCUCUGAGAGACCAACGAUUGGCUCUCGAAUGGGUUCGGGACAACAUUGCCGCCUUUGGGGGUGAUCCGAACAGGCCAGGCGUAUCUGUCGGCAUGCAAAUGUUGGCAUAUGGAGGAAAGCAGCCAGUUCCAUACCAGCAGGGCAUCUGUCAGAGUCAAGUACUUGAGCCCGGCAUCACCGGUAAUUUCACGAGCACAGCAAUGGAGUUAGUGACAGACAAGGCAAAUUGCACUUCCGGAGACUUCAACUCGGAAGCGGCGUUAGCGUGUCUACGAGAAUUGGAUACCGAGACAUUACUCGAAGCAGCUAUUGCUACAUACCAAAACGGCGUUGACCAUAAUAUUGGAGAUAUAUGGCUCCCCAGCGUCGAUGGCGAUUUUCUCCCUGAUGCGCCGUCAGUACUGGUCGCUCAGCGGCGCUUUGCCCCCGUUACCACAAUGAUGGGAUGGUGUGAGGACGAUGUUACUCGAUUUGUGUAUCCAAACAUCACAACGUCAAAGGGAGUAGCGGACUUCAUUGCAUCCUAUGCACCGGACGUAUCUCGGAAAAAUAUCGAUACUCUUCUGAAGUUGUAUCCUACAGAUGAGUUCCCCGAGAACAAAACUGCCGGAUUUUCCAGAGACUUCUAUCGCACGGCCAGAAUCUUCCGAGAUAUAGUGAUGACAUGCGAACCGUUCCUAGUUGGAGAACAUGCUGCAGCAGAAGGAGCUGAUGCAUAUUUCUUCUCCUGGAACCAAACUAUAGCCCCAAGUGCACUGGGAGUGUUGCAUGGAGCAGAUUUGCCAUACGUCUAUGCCAACCUUUCUGCUUAUAUACCUCCUGGAUCACCCAUACGCCCAACUGCGUCGGACUAUGAACUAUCCCAUAGAGCCUCACGAUCCUGGUCAACAUUUGGCAGUACCAAAGAGCCGAGUUUACCGGGCCAUAAUACCUUCAAAGGGUUUCGAAAAAGCUUCUCCAAACACAAUGAGAUACUAGUAUUUGUUGCCGGUGGCCCCAACGAAGGGCUGUCGAAUAUUGACGACCAUGGUCCGCAUAGCGUCAUAGGAGGGCAGAAAUUGAGAGAGAGGUGUGCCUUCAUCAACUCUCCGGAAAUGAUUCAUGAGUUACGAUUCUAG